UCAGUUUGACUUUGAUCUGUUUUUUAAUUAUUAUUAUAUUUACGAACUACCUUCUAAAGCCACGGAUAGAAGAUAUAAUUUAUAAUAAUAAUCAAAAUAGCAAUUAUUCGUGCUAUAAAUAUAUUUUUUAAUUAAUUGGUGAUAAUUUACUUCUUUCUACAACUAUUCAAAUAUGUUGAAAAAAGGUAAUAUGUUUUAUUGAAAUCAUAUAUUACUGAUAAUAUUUUAAUAUAUGUAAAAAUGUGUGAGAGUGCUACGGACGCAGUGCAUCCACGAUUUUUCAAAAAACGCGAAAUCCAUGUUAAGGGUUUUAAAAUAGCUCUAAUACAAUUAGCAGUGGGCCCAGAUAAGGCAAAAAAUGUUGCAUCUGCUGUCAGUGAGAUACACAAAGCUAAGGAUAAGGGUGCACAACUGGUAGCUCUGCCAGAAUGCUUCAAUUCUCCUUACGGGACAAAAUAUUUUGAUGAGUAUGCUGAAGAAGUGCCUUCUGGUGCUACAUGCAGAGCAUUGUCCAAAGCUGCAGCCGAGGCAGGCGUGUGUGUUGUGGGGGGAACUGUCCCGGAGAGAUGUGGGGACAAGCUCUACAACACUUGCACGGUGUGGGAUGGUAGUGGGAAACUAUUGGCUCAGCAUAGAAAGAUGCAUCUCUUUGAUAUUGACAUUCCAAAUAAAAUAACUUUCAAAGAGUCUGAAGUCCUAAGUGCAGGUGACCAAAUCACCACAUUCGAGUACCAAGGCGUCAAGAUCGGCAUCGGUAUUUGCUACGAUUUGCGUUUUCCAGAAAUGGCUCACCUCAUGGCCAAGCAAGGUUGCUCGCUGCUCGUGUACCCGGGAGCCUUCAACAUGACGACGGGCCCCAAGCACUGGGAGCUGCUGGCGCGCGCGCGGGCCAACGACGAGCAGCUGUGGGUGGCGCUCGUGAGCCCCGCGAGAGACCCCGACGCCGGCUACGUGGCCUGGGGGCACUCGGCGCUCGUGGACCCGUGGGCCAACCUCGUGGCGCACCUGGAUCACAGGCCCGACACUCUUGUCGCCGACCUCGAUUUAAGUUUAGUAGAAGAGGUCCGAAAACAAAUACCAAUUAGAGUUCAGAGAAGGACUGACAUCUAUGACACGAUCCACAAAAAGUAAUAUAAGUAAUGUCAAGCUAUAAACCAAAAAAUAAUCCUUUUUAUAUUAUUACUACGAAAACAAAUGAAACUAUUGUUUCUAAUAUGUAAUUUUAUUUAAUGUUUACAUUUUGACGAUUGUAUAGUGAUAUAUUUGUAUAGCGGAUAUUUUUAAAUGUUAAUAAAAUAAUAUAUUUAGA